GUUCUCAUUCUCCACCCUCUCUCUUCCCUUCUCUUCUCUCCCUCUCUUUCUCUCUGUCAGUGACCGAUCAAACAUCAAACUGAUCAAAGGCAUGGCAGAGACUAAGAAAUCCAGGUUCAAGAGGAUUUGCGUGUUCUGUGGGAGCAGUCCAGGGAAGAAACCUAGUUACCAAGAAGCUGCUGUUGAACUUGGCAAGGAGCUGGUGGAGAGAAGGAUUGAUUUGGUGUAUGGAGGUGGUAGCGUGGGGCUGAUGGGUCUUGUUUCUCAGGCAGUUCAUGAUGGUGGGCGCCAUGUUCUUGGGGUUAUCCCAACAAGUCUCAUGCCAAGAGAGAUAACAGGUGCUCCAAUUGGGGAAGUGAGAGCCGUGUCUAACAUGCACCAAAGGAAAGCUGAGAUGGCUCGUCAAGCUGAUGCCUUCAUUGCCCUCCCUGGAGGAUAUGGAACCCUUGAAGAAUUGCUGGAAGUAAUAACUUGGGCUCAGCUUGGGAUCCACACCAAACCUGUUGGUCUGUUGAAUGUGGAUGGAUUUUACAAUUCCUUGUUGUGUUUCAUUGACAAGGCUGUUGAUGAAGGUUUUAUAUCCCCCACAGCUCGUCGCAUUAUCGUGUCAGCUCCCACAGCCAAACAAUUGAUGCUAGAGCUCGAGGAACAUGUUCAUGAGCAAGAGGAGUUUGCAUCCAAAUUGGUGUGGGAAGACAGACUAACUUACGUGACUGAAUCAGAAGAGUUGCCAUGUGAUUAAUUGACCUUCUUUGCGGCAGAUUAAAACAUGAAACAUGGUUUUUUGGGUUAUCAUGUAGCAAAAUGUGGGUAUAUACAAGUCACCUUCAUAUACGGGCAUAGGGACCGUAGAAUACAGUUUUUUUUUGUUGCUAAUCUUUUUGUUAACGCCCCUAGUAUACGGCAAAUGAGGGUGAGUCUCAAAUGUGAAAAAUAUUUGAUUAAAUUAAUGUAACCUUUGACUCUGCAAUGAUAUAUGUGGAUCAUUCGCUGUAACUUUAGUCUCUAGCAUUUUAUUUUA